ACAUGCAAGAUGGCCACGCAUCACAGGCAAAAUGCUGCUGGGCGGAGAAAAGUACAGGUGUCUUAUGUCAUUAGAGAUGAGGUUGAGAAGUACAAUCGAAAUGGGGUGAACGCACUUCAGCUGGACCCUGCACUGAACCGGCUCUUUACUGCUGGAAGAGACUCCAUCAUUCGGAUAUGGAGCGUCAACCAGCACAAACAGGACCCAUACAUCGCCUCGAUGGAGCAUCACACAGAUUGGGUCAAUGAUAUUGUUCUCUGCUGCAAUGGCAAAACAUUGAUAUCUGCCUCAUCGGAUACAACAGUCAAGGUGUGGAAUGCACAUAAAGGGUUUUGUAUGUCGACGUUACGGACACACAAGGACUACGUGAAAGCUUUGGCCUACGCUAAGGACAAGGAGCUGGUGGCAUCAGCGGGACUGGACCGUCAGAUCUUUCUUUGGGAUGUGAACACACUAACAGCACUGACUGCAUCCAACAACACUGUCACCACCUCGUCACUCAGUGGGAACAAAGACUCCAUCUACAGUCUGGCUAUGAAUCAGAUGGGCACAGUCAUUGUAUCUGGAUCCACAGAAAAGGUUCUGAGAGUGUGGGACCCUCGAACGUGUGCAAAACUGAUGAAGCUGAAAGGUCACACGGACAACGUCAAGUCACUGCUGUUGAAUCGAGACGGCACUCAGUGCCUGUCGGGCAGCUCUGAUGGAACCAUCCGACUGUGGUCCCUCGGCCAGCAAAGGUGCAUCGCCACCUACCGGGUCCAUGACGAAGGGGUGUGGGCCCUGCAGGUCAACGAGGCCUUCACACACAUCUACUCUGGAGGCAGGGACAAAAAGAUCUACUGCACUGACCUCCGUAACCCAGACAUCCGCGUGCUCAUCUGUGAGGAGAAGGCCCCAGUGCUCAAAAUGGAACUGGACAGGUCUGCUGACCCACCUCCAGCAAUCUGGGUCUCUACCACCAAGUCAUCCGUUAAUAAAUGGUCUCUAAAGGGAAUGCACAACUUCAGAUCAUCAGGGGACUAUGACAAUGACUGCAGUACCCCUUUGACACCAUUAUGCACUCAACCUGAGCAAGUCAUCAAGGGAGGUGCCAGUAUUAUCCAGUGUCACAUUCUGAAUGACAAGAGACACAUACUCACCAAAGAUACCAACAACAAUGUGGCUUUCUGGGAUGUCCUAAAGGCCUGCAAGGGUGAAGACCUGGGGAAAGUGGAGUUUGAUGAAGAGAUCAAAAAGCGCUUCAAGAUGGUCUACGUGCCAAACUGGUUCUCGGUUGAUCUGAAAACCGGGAUGCUCACUAUAACACUGGAUGAGAGUGACUGCUUCGCUGCCUGGGUGUCUGCCAAGGACGCAGGAUUUUCAAGCUCUGAUGGAUCCGACCCAAAGCUGAACCUGGGUGGGCUGUUGCUCCAGGCUCUGCUGGAAUUUUGGCCCAGGACUCACAUCAACCCCAUGGACGAGGAGGAGAACGAAGUAAAUCAUGUGAACGGAGAGCAGGAGAACAGGGUCCAGAAAGGAAAUGGAUAUUUCCAGGUGCCACCACACACACCAGUCAUCUUUGGGGAAGCAGGAGGCAGAACUCUAUUUAGGCUGCUAUGUAGAGAUUCAGGUGGAGAGACGGAGUCCAUGCUGCUGAACGAGACUGUUCCACAGUGGGUUAUCGACAUAACUGUAGAUAAAAAUAUGCCCAAAUUCAACAAAAUCCCAUUCUACCUCCAGCCCCAUUCUUCCUCUGGAGCAAAAACUCUGAAGAAGGACCGUCUGUCAGCCAGCGACAUGCUCCAGGUGAGGAAGGUGAUGGAGCACGUUUACGAGAAGAUCAUCAACCUGGACAACGAGUCGCAGACCACCAGCUCCUCGGCCAAUGACAAGCCCGGGGAGCAGGAGAAGGAGGAGGACAUGGCCAUGCUCGCGGAGGAGAAGAUAGAAUUAAUGUGUCAAGACCAGGUUCUAGAUCCCAACAUGGACCUGCGAACAGUUAAACAUUUUAUCUGGAAGAGCGGAGGGGACUUGACACUUCACUAUAGGCAGAAGUCGACGUGAAACUCGUGACUUUGGAAAGAAAAAAAAAUGUAAAAAAAAAAAAGAAAGAAAGAAAGAACUCUUCGUCAUUUGCCAAUCACCACCCACCUCU